AAGAAACGGAAGAAAGACGGAAAUGACCCAAUCAUCUCUAAUCUUGGACCAUGCUUGAAUGGAGGUGACCUUAGUUACCAAAUUGUGAAGAAAGUUGUGCGGCGCAGUUGGACUUUCGGUCUCGGUUGAAUGAGAAACUUGUUCUGAGUGUUUUUUUAAAGGAGCAGAGAGGCCUGCAGAGAUGGCAGAGGCACACCAGACACGCGUGCAGAGGGUGGUGGAAGAAAUGGUCCAAUCUCUGGAGAGGGAACACAUCCGGAACAUGCAGGGACGCAUGUUCAAAUGCAGCGCAGACUGCUGCGGCCGUCCCUCUGACUCCAUGACUCAGGUGCAUCAGUGUAUCGAGAAAUGCCACACUCCUUUGGCCCAGGCUCAGGGGCUGGUCACCUCAGAGCUGGAGAAGUUUCAGGACCGUCUGACCAGAUGCACGAUGCACUGCAACGACAAGGCGAAGGAUCUGUUCGACUCCGGAUCGAAGGAGCCGGCCGUCCGAUCGCUCAUGGACCGCUGUGUGGGCAGCUGUGUGGACGACCACAUUAACCUGGUCCCUAGCAUGACCCGGAGGCUCAAGGAGAACCUGGACUCUAUACCGCAGUGAAGAGCAAGUAGUCUGGACUUGGUAGACGCCAGGUUAAUAACCUAAGGAUUUCAGGACAACCACAAAAGAGCAGUUCAAAGACUUUGAUAGUUAUUGUAAGAUUUGUUACUACAGCUUAAAGCUAGUGAUUUAUCUAAAUUCAGAAAUCCAAUAUCAUGUUACCAUGCAGUGCAGUGAUGGUAGAUUUAUGUGAAACAGAUCUGACUUUUAAUUUAAAUGGAGCAAUGUUCCCUCAUGUGCAUCUCUUGACGGAUUUUUUGCGCAGCUCUUCCUGGUCCUGCUACUCGCACUGCUUUGUUUUGUUUCGUCUCAGUUAGUUCUCCAGUUUUUUUGUGAUGGUGUUUACCUCCACUGCUGUUUAUAUGUGUGAAAUAAAAUAACAAUCAAGGUAAUAAA